AUGGCAUCCCCGCCAAAAGCGCAUGUUGCUAUUAUUGGUGCCGGAUUGUCCGGUCUACGCUGCGCCGAUGUUCUCCUACAAAACGGCUUUCAGGUGACCAUCUUCGAGGGCCGAGACCGCCUCGGUGGACGGGUGCACCAAACGAAGCUCAGCAAUGACCACUUGGUUGACAUGGGCCCCAACUGGAUACACGGCGCCACAGGCAACAUCAUCCGGGACCUAGCUGUGGAAACGGGUACCGGCAUUGACGAUCUCGACGAGAAGUCGUGCGCGUUUGACGAGACGGGCAUCAGACUCGAAGCCGCCGAGAGCACCAAGUACGAGACCAUCAUGUGGGAAACCAUCAAAGAGGCCUUUGCGUACUCGGCAACGUCGGAGGCAGAGAUUGAUCCGCAAAAAAGCCUGAUGGACUUUUUUCAAGAAAAGAUCCCGGCAAGGAUACCUGAUGAUGAGCCGAAUGCAGAGGCCCAGCGCAAGACGAUAUACCAAAUCUGCGAGACGUGGGGUGCCUUCAUCGGCUCGCCAAUCACGAAGCAAAGUCUCAAAUUCUUCUGGCUAGAAGAGUGCAUCGAUAACGAAAACCUAUUCUGUGCUGGUACAUACCGCAAGGUUCUUGAGCGCGUUGCAAAGCCGGCGGUAGACAAGGCAGACAUCUCCUUCAACACAAUCAUGGAAAGCAUCACUUAUAAAAUGAACGCCAAAGACAAAAUUAGAGUUCACCUGAGGAGCGGCAACAGCUGUGAGUUUGACGAGGUUGUAGUGACCACGCCGCUUGGCUGGCUGAAAAAGAACAAGACCAAGGCUUUUGAUCCUCCGCUUCCUCGUUCGCUCAGCACCGCUAUAGAUGCCAUCAGCUAUGGCUGUCUCGAAAAGGUGUAUAUCAGUUUCCCCGAAGCCUUCUGGAGGCCCAAGAAUGGCCAGCAAGAAAUCGUCAAGGGGUUUAUCCAAUGGAUGUCACCCGCCUACCAUCCCGAGCUCAACGCCAACCGCUGGUCGCAAGAAGCAGUCGAGCUGUCCAGCCUCAGCGCCGACGAUGCGCACCCGACGCUGCUCUUCUACACAUACGGCGAGCAGUCGCAGUGGUUCACCUCGGAGCUCGCCAAGCGGCUCGACAAGAAGGACAAGACAGCUUUCAUCAUCUCGUACUUUGAGCCGUACUACUCACGCCUGCCCAACUACACGGCCGACGCGGCGGCGUGCCAGCCGGUGGAUUGCAUCGCAACAGACUGGCUUAAUGAUGAACUGGCAGGGAAUGGGAGUUAUGGAAAUUUUCAGGUCGGUUUAGAAAAGGGCGAUGAGCAUAUUCGGACAAUGCGCGAGGGCCUCCCGGACCAGGGCCUGUGGUUCGCAGGUGAGCAUACAGCGCCAUACGUUGCUCUGGGCACCACCACAGGCGCAUACUUGAGUGGUGAAGCGGUUGCAGAAAGAAUUGUGAAAAGUUACGCGCAAUUUCAGCAGCAUGAUGAUAGCUAG